CGCCUGGCCGAGCGACCCGCAGAACUGCCCUAGGUGCGCGCCUCGCCGCACUUCUGCUGCUGCUGCUGCUGCUGCUGGCAGUGGUAGUGGUGGUGGCUGGCACGGGUCCAGCCUUAUCCCGGUGUGCCAUCCCCGCCCAGCACUGCAGCUCUGGUCAUAUGAGCAAAACCGAGGAGAAGGAUACUUUUCCCCUCCCCCCUCCAUCUGAAGUCUUCCCUUGCACUUUAUCUCCCACUCUUUCCCCCAACAGUUGCAAGGAUGGCGAUGGCUGACUUGUUUACCGACGAGGAGAUCAAGAAGAUGUUGAGAGCCUUUGCGGCUACCAAUUCUUUUGACUACAAGAAAUUCUUUGAGGUGUUGGGAUUGAAAAAGAAAAGCCUCCAAGAACUGAAAAUGUUUUUUAGCAUUCUGGAUACAGAUAAAAAUGGCUAUCUUGAACCCGGUGAAAUACAGUUCAUGUUGCAGAUUUUUUCCCCCAAUAGCAGGCAUCUCACUGACAAAGAAACCCAAGAAUUUAUGGGUGCUGGAGAUAAAGAUGAGGAUGGCAAAAUAGGUAUUGAUGAAUUUAUUAUCCUGGUGAAUCAAUCAUAAAGGUUUGGAUUCAUCUGAAUCUUCAUCUAUCAUUUACCACCUUGUUUGUAUGGGCCUCUUUUGUUCUUCACCUGUUCAUCUAUCUUGUUCAAACUUCAACUUUCUGCUGCAGUCCUGUAACACUGUAAUUGUGCUGGAAAUGCUCUUAAAAUAAUAAAGGUCACAUCAAUCUGGA